GUAGUGCCCAACAAGCCCGUUCAUCGACGACUACCGUUUCGCCGAUAAGAUAGUGAUCGAUGCGCUACCUAAUUGGUGUCUGCGAAGCUAUCACCAGUCUCUUCCGACCACCUGAUCAAUCAUGAAGUUCUUCACGGCGGUGCUGCUAGUCCUCCCAAUGGCGCUCAAUGCCAAGCUUCUGGAACCCAUCCUCGUAGGAGGUUCGACCUCACCCUGGGGAACCUUCCCGUCGGCAGCCUUCCUCAGCACAUCCGCCCUCCGAUAUUGUGGAGCGGCCGUAAUCCACCCGGAGUUUGUGCUAACGCUUGCCCAGUGCGUCUACGAUGUUGAGAAGCUGCGCCGGUUGAACACCACCGAGAUUGAGGUUAUCGCCGGGGACAUUAACAUCGUUCCGGCGUCGUACGAUCGACAGACGCGCGAUGCGCUGGAAGUGAUCGUGCAUCCAAAUUACACCGUGCACAACCACCGGAAUGAUCUGGCACUGGUGCGGGUUGAUAGACCGUUCCAUUUGCCUGCCAAUACGGUAGAUGUUGUACGGCGGAGAAGUCGGAUCGUACCGAAUGGAGCGUACUGCGAGAUGCCCGGGUGGGGUUUGCAGCGGGGGACCCCACUGGGAUCGUCAACGCUGGAUCAACGAUUCCUUAAUGUUGAGAUUCUCGAUCGAGACCUGUGCAACGAGAUCAACAUCCACGCUGGUAAUGUCCGCGAAAGCAUGAUCUGUGGUGGAAACCUUUACCAGAAUGCAAACGCACCCUGUAGUGGAAACCUUGGAUCACCGCUUUACUGUGACGACGAGCUGACCGGACUGCUUUCCUUCGGGGUCAACUGUGGCAUUGCGAAUGAUCCCCCGGUGUUUACACAGGUGCGCUUCUUCAAUCGGUGGAUCGAUCAGCAGAUCGUCAAUCGUGUUUCGUGAAAAUUUAACGAAUGAUUCAAUAAACACCCAUUUUA